GACGUGAUCACGCCCCGACAACUUCCGGUGUUUGCAAAGCAUUCUUUCUGUACCAUUGAGUCGGUAUAUUUUUUUCGAAAGCUGUUCUUUUGUGUUUUUGUGAACGUUCAGAAUGGAAGAAACGGAUCUAAUUUACAUAGGGAUUCAGUGGCGACUUUGAAUUUCGCUAAGUUAGUUUGUUGACGAGUCGGUUUGUUUUGAGCCAUAAACUCUGCUGUUGCCUUAUUUAUUGGACCUUGUGUGAGGUUUGAUAAACUUGCUACGAGACUAGAACUACAUUUGUCUGUUCCACUGUUCUCUUAAGUAUUACAUAAUGAACAUUUUGCCCAAAAAAAGCUGGCAUGUGCGCAAUAAGGACAACAUUGCGCGCGUGCGCCGCGACGAGGCUGAAGCUGAAGAGGAGCAACGCGAGAUUCAGCGGCGAGUGGAACGCGCAGAGCAAGAGGCUAGAACUGAGUAUUUGAGAAAGAAAGCUCAAGCAGCCCUUCAGCAGACAGGAAAAUGGACAGAGGAUGCAGAGACGGCAGAGACAAGCCGAGGAGCCCAAGAGAUCGAACACUUAAAUCUGUUUCCUCUAGAGGACUCGUCUGAAAAGAAAGGAAAUGCAGAAUACCUCAAAGAGAAGAAGGAAGAGAAGGAGAAGCAAGAGCGUGCUAUUGGUCUUUUAGUGUCUCUAGGCCCCGCUCCUGGAACAGAAGCAACUCCCUGGUACCUGAAAGGUGGAAAAGAAAAAGAAGACGAUAGAGACAAGAAAGAGAAAGGCAAAAACAAGCCAAGAACCAUAACUGAAGAGGAGAGAGAAAAGAAAGACAGGAAGCUGAAAGACAGUUUGGAUCCUCUUAAGGAAAUGAAGAAAGCACUGGCAGUGAAGGACAGGAAGGAGAAAAAGCAUAAGAAGAAGGAGAAGAAAGAUAGAGGAGAGAAGUGGAGUGGAGAGAGUUCAGUUGAGAGGUUACGGGCUGAACGGCUGCAGAGAGAAGCGGAGGAGAGGAAAAGGACACAGGCUUUACUGGAUCAGAAGAGUGGAGGCGGGAAAGAAAAAGAGCACGAGCGAGAGAUGAGGGAUAGAGACAGACCAUACAACAAUGCCUACUUUCCUGAAUUGGCACGGAAAAGGCAAAGGAGAGACAGAGAUCAGUAUGGCUUUUAUUAGCUUACAAAGGCAUUGAUUCAAUAAGUCUAGAAAUUGCAGAACUGUUUUGUGGUCGGACAAGAAAUUAGCCACGUGCAAAGUGUGAAGACCAUUUAAAAUGACUGAUUGCUACCUACAAGCCAUCGAUCUGGCCUCUGCAACACUUUUAUUGGCGUCUGAUGACUUGGAAAGAAAACCUCCUUUUUGUUUGUGCUCACAGCAAAGCGUGAUUAAGUUGUUGUAAAAAUGUAAUUUUAUGAUUUGUAGGGUCUGCAUCAGAGUUGUUUUCCUGAACAAUUCAGAGGUAUCAGCAUUACAAUGUGGACAAGCCAUUAUUGUGAGACUAAGAACAUUUUUUCUUUGCUGGUGAUAUUGGAGUCCAUAAAAUGUUUUGUUCUU